ACAGCGCAGCCGAGACUACCGACCCCUCCAAGGACGACGUAACUACCAUUUCCACCGUACGCGCGCCCUGCCUUUUUAGCCACUCCACAAGCGAUCCGAUCCCAAGAGCAACACCCAAGACAAGCAUCGCCACACAAAACAGCGACCACCAAAUCCAAAAACAAGCAAGAGACAAGCAAGAAAACCCAAAAAUCGAUCAUACAAACACUCGUCAUGGAGAGAAAUCCACUACGUACGGUCGUGCUGUUAGCUAUGCUGUCGCUGAGCUCGUGCUGCGCCUCGUCGACGGGCGGGGGCGGCGGCGGGCAGCUGCUGCACCCGGUGGUGCUCAUCCCGGGCUCCGGCGGCAACCAGCUGGAGGCGCGGCUGACGGACGACUACAGCCCGUCCAGCCUGACCUGCCGGGUGUGGCCGCUGGUGCGCGGCCGCGGCGGCUGGUUCCGCAUGUGGUUCGAGCCGUCCGUCGUCGUCGCGCCCCUCACCCGCUGCUUCGCGGAGCGGAUGAUGCUCUACUACGACCGCGACGCCGACGACUACCGCAACGCGCCCGGCGUCCACACCAGGGUCGACGACUUCGGCUCCACCUCCACCCUCCGCUACCUCGACCCAACCCUCAAACUCCUGACGGGGUACAUGGACGUCCUGGCGACCACGCUGGAGAAGGCCGGGUACAAGGAGGGGCGCGACCUCUUCGGCGCGCCCUACGACUUCCGCUACGGGCUGGCCGCGCCGGGCCAUCCCUCGCAGGUGGGCAGCGCCUACCUGGAGCGCCUCCGGCUACUGGUGGAGUCCGUGUGCGCGGCCAACGGCGGCAGGCCGGCGAUCCUCAUGGCGCACAGCCUCGGCGGGCUGUACGCGCUGCAGUUCCUGGCCCGCGCCCCGCCCGCCUGGCGCGCGGCGCACGUCAAGCGGCUGGUGACGCUGUCCGCGCCGUGGGGCGGGUCGGUGCAGGAGAUGCUCACCUUCGCCUCCGGCAACACCCUCGGCGUGCCCUUCGUCGAUCCCUCCCUCAUCCGCGACGAGCAGCGCAGCUCUGAGAGCAACCUCUGGCUGCUGCCCACGCCCAAGGUCUUCGGCAACACCACGCUCGUCGUCUCCCAGCGCCACAACCGGACCUACUCUGCCAAGAACGUCACGCAGUUCCUGAACGACAUCGGGUUCGCCGACGGGGUGGAGCCGUACCGGACGCGCACACGGCCGCUCGGCGAGGUCCUGCCAGAGCCGGGCGUGCCGGUGACGUGCCUGGUGGGCACCGGCGUCGACACGGUGGAGAGCCUCGUGUUCGGGGACGAGGGGUUCGACGCGGGGCCCGUCAAGGUGGUGUACGGCGACGGCGACGGGACGGUGAACCUCGCCAGCCUCAUGGGACCGAUCAAGGCCUGGUCCGACUCGCCGGCGCAGGUCCUCGAGGUGGUGGAGCUGCCCAAUGUGUCGCACAUGGGCAUCCUCAAGGACAAGAGCGCCCUUGAUCAGAUCCUCAGGAUUCUCGAUUCCAUCAAUCUAAACGCCACGAGCACCACGACCUAUCAGUCUUAGAACAAAUAUGUUUUGCAACCGUAGGUUUUUUUGGGGUCUUUUCGUUGGGAAAAUGUUGUUGAGAUUUGCUAGCUAGUGGCACUUGCCAAAUGGGAGUAGAGAUCAACCAUGUUCUUAUUGACUUCAACAAGGGUUCAACAAAGAGGCAUCUAGUGUUGGUCAGAA